GACAACACCCUCAGCUUCCGCUAUUCCCCUGCGCAGCAACCCACGCCCAAGGGCCAAGGCGAUUCUGCCGAUUCAGACCUCCGCAGCUCCGCCGCCUCCGCGUCUCCAUUCGAACCGCACACCGCACGCCUGCACGCCGCCGCCUGCAGUCAACCAGCCGCCCGCCUCCCUCACUCCCUCACACCCUCAAGCUCCCUGCUCGGUUGCUCCCGCAUGGCCGCCUCUGGGCCUCCCUCAGUCCAGUCGUCCAGUGGACUUCCGGAUAGUUCUGAAGAGAUGGAUGUGAAAGUAAAGAAAUAUCUCAGAGGAGAACCAACAAAAUAUGAGGUCUUAAAAGAUAAGAAGUUGAAGGGUCAGCUUGCUGCAAGAGAAGAGUUGUAUGGAAGAUCUGCAAAAGCUGCUGCAAGUGCUGAAAAGUGGCUAAUGCCAAGUGAUGGGGGGUUUCUCGAAACUGAAGGGAUAGAGAAGUCUUGGAGAAUUAAGCAGGAGGCAAUUGGCCGUGAAGUAGACAUUUCAAGUGCAAGAAAUCAAUAUGAUAUUGUCUUACCAGAUCUUGGACCGUAUACUCUGGAUUUCACACCUAGUGGUCGCCACAUGGCUUUAGCUGGGAGGAAGGGACACCUUGCGAUUGUGGACAUGAAAACACUUAAUCUUGUUAGAGAACUACAGGUUAGAGAAACAGUGCGUGAUGUAGUAUUCUUGCACAAUGAACUGUUUUUUGCUGCUGCUCAAAAGAAGUACCCUUACAUAUACAAUCGGGAUGGUACGGAGCUCCAUUGCCUUAAGGAGCAUGGUCCAGUGCUAAAGCUUCAAUUUUUAAAGAACCAUUUUCUAUUGGCAUCCGUGAACAAAUAUGGUCAGCUGCAUUAUCAGGACACCACCACGGGGUUGAUGGUUGGAAACUACCGAACCGGCCUUGGCCGGACUGGCGUAAUGAAAGCUAACCCAUUCAAUAGUGUGAUAACUGUCGGGCAUUCAGGCGGAACAGUCAGCAUGUGGAAGCCCACAAGUGCUGCCCCCCUGGUGAAGAUGCUCUGUCAUCACGGCCCCGUCAAUGCCUUAGCCUUCCACUCCAAUGGGAAUCUCAUGGCCACCGCUGGUAUGGACAGGAAGAUAAAGAUCUGGGACUUAAGGAAGUUUGAGGUUGUCCAAAUGCUCCACGGACAUGCCAAGACCUUAGAUUUCAGCCAAAAGGGUUUACUUGCAUGCGCAAGUGGAUCCAUCAUACAGAUACAUGGCGACCUCUCUGGGUCCCAUAAAAACCUGACCCGUUACAUGACACAUUCUAUGGCCAAAGGAUACCAAACACAGAAGGUGGUCUUUAGACCGUAUGAAGAUGUUUUGGCAAUUGGACAUUCUGCAGGUUGGUCUUCAAUUUUGAUUCCCGGGUCAGGCGAGCCCAAUUUCGACACUUGGGUGGCAAACCCUUACGAGACGAUUAAACAAAGGAGGGAGAAAGAGGUUCGGUCUCUUCUUGACAAGCUUCCUCCUGAGACAAUCAUGUUGGACCCCACAAAAAUUGGAGCCGUGAGGACUAAUAAUAAGGAAAAGAUGACUAAAGAGGAAAGGAAAGCGGAGAUGGAGAAUGCUGUCAAAGAGGCUAAAGGCGUUAGAGUGAAGAAUAAAACUAAAGGUAGAAGCAAACCGAGUAAAAAGGCAAGCAAGAAGCAGGAUGCGAUUAUGAAAGCAAAGAGGCCUUUCAUUGAAAAGGAGAUGAAAGAUGGGGUAUCCAAGAAGAGGUUAAGAACUGGCAAUGAGGACAGUCAACUUCCGCACUCUUUGCAGAGGUUUGUCAAGAAUAAAACAUCAUGAAAUAUCCCAAGUUUUGGUAUUUAUUUAGGUUCUCAUGUAUUCCAAGAAAUAUAAUAUUGUUAGCUGUUUUAUGUUAUUUUUAUUCUUUUUGGAAUUGUCUAUGAAACGGAAAAAAGUUUUGAGUUUAUCUGCACGGCAUGCAAAUGCAUGGCAUUCUGGGUAAGAAAAGAAAACCUGCUUCCUGUCUCCACAGCCAAAGAAUCAUUUUACAUCUCUGUUUUAGGUGUUAUCAUUUCAUUAAAAUAUUAAAAAAAAGUUAGUUUCAC